GCGGAGAUGUCAUCGGGCGUUGAACUCUCCAUAAUCCUUGGCUAAGUGGGCAAAGCACUGAAGCCCACUACUACCUAAACGAUCAUACGAUGUACUUCACGUAACAGCAGUGAUACUACGAUGCUGUGCAUAUUUAUCAGAUUAUGUUGAACUGGAUUCGCCAAGGUGUGAUGUACUUGGCUCAAAUUAAAUAUGUGUACUCGUAUCAAUUUCUAGCAAAUAAUCCAUAUUCUUAUGAUCACUACACAAUGUCAUCAGAAUACAAACCAUUUCUAUCAGACGAGGAAAGAUCAGAAAAUGAAGAUUCUGGGAAUAGACCAGGUAAUUCAAAUGUAACUUGGCGAUUCAUUUUCUUACAUUUUUUCCUUAUCUCAAUAUAUACAGCCAUUUUUGUAUUCAUCAUUCACCGAGGAGCCUCAAACACAUCAACUUCAGUCCAUCGUAUGCUCAUUCACUUCCCUAUCACAGCUGGACGCUAACUUACCUUUUAUUUAGCUAUAUCAGGCUUGAAGAUUCAGUAUGUUCCGGUCGCUCCUCCCGACCUUCCAUCAUCACCGUACGCUGGACCACCAAGUGAUUCGGUAGACCAAGCAUGGCAUGAUAUAUUGAAGGAUAUCAACAUACGGGUCACAGCCGAGGAACUAGAGAAAAGCAAUCAGAAGUCCAUAGCUCUCCCAGAAGGUGGUGGAUAUAUGGCUUGGAUUGGAGCUCAUCAUCAAUUGCAUUGCAUUGCAAGUCUUUUCUCAAUCAUGAUUUAGAAUGAAUAAGAAACUAAUAAGCCGAUAGAAAAUGCUUCGACGCUGGAACUAUCGGGAUCAUUAUUAUCCAAACAUUACAGGCUCAACAAUAGAACAUUGGAAUAUCCAUGCAGGUAAUCAGUCAUUUCCACUCUUCAUCUAAACGAUGAUAUUGACUUAUUUAUUAGAUCAUUGUUUUGAUGUUCUACGCAGUGCGGUGAUGUGUCAGGGCGAUACAACACUCACAACUUUCGGAUGGGACAAAUUGUCAAAACCACAACCGCAUGUCAAAGCAACAGAGCAUCGAUGCGUAGAUUGGAUUGCAUUAAUGAGUUCUCUUGCAGAUCGUGUUGUGGGCGAAGAAGAAAUGGCUGCGCUUGUCAAUCCGAGAUUGGAAGGAAGUGCAUGAUCGGGAUAGAGACUGGGGCCGUUGCAUUAUUGAGAUAUUAUAUACGACAGUGUUAUUGAAAAUUAACCCCUUUUAGCACUUUUUUUACGGCAUUCAUGAAUGAUCGAGAGGAUAUUGAUAUGAGUUCUUAAAUGUCUAUCGCGAGGCAUGGUAUCUCUGCUGAGUUGUAUAGCUUGAAGACUGUCCUGAGCUUAUAGUAACACGAAUC